GAGGUUUGUCUGAGCGGACAGAUGGGCUUGGUCAGUAUGGGGUGUUGGUUGCACCGGUUACGCCGAGUGCUUGUUACCUGAAUUCCCAAUUAUGAAGAGAGGCAAAUAAAAGAGUUGUAUGAUGUAAUGCAAGCCUGAACGAGAUCUUGAACCCACCAGCUAAUUAGCGUGUAAGAUGACAGACAUCAGUAAGACCAUCCAGAAAUGGCACGCCAGUUUUAAGAAGGGCACAGACUUUGAUUCCUGGGGACAGUUAGUGGAGGCAAUAGAUGAAUACCAAAUACUAGCAAGACGGCUACAGAAAGAAGUCCAGUCCUCAAAUUCUUCUGAUAUCUCAGAAGACCAAAAAAAAACUCUAGGAAAAAUCGCAACAUGCCUUGAACUUCGGAGUGCAGCAUUGCAGUCUACUCAUUCCCAAGACGAGUUCAAGCUGGAAGAUUUAAAGAAACUGGAACCAAUUAUCAAGAAUAUUCUGACUUACAAGAAAGAUUUCCCAUUUGAUGUGCAGCCUGUCCCACUAAGGAAAAUACUGGCUCCGGGAGAAGAAGAAAAUCUAGAACUUGAAGAGGAGGAUGAUGGAGGGGCUGGAGCGGGCUCUCCAGAUUCCUUUCCCAUCAGAGUGCCAGGAGCCUUAGAAGGUACUUUGCUGCCACGCUUGCCUUCAGAACCGGGAAUGACUUUACUUACAAUCAAAAUUGAGAAGAUUGGACUCAAAGAUGCCGGACAGUGUAUUGAUCCUUACAUAACUGUCAGCGUAAAGGAUCUCAAUGGAAUUGAUUUAAACCCAGUUCAGGAUACACCAGUGGCUUCCAGGAAAGAAGACACCUACAUCCAUUUUAACGUGGAUGUAGAAAUUCAGAAACAUCUUGAGAAACUACCGAAAGGGGCAGCUAUCUUCUUUGAGUUUAAACACUACAAACCCAAGAAACGAUUUACGAGUACAAAAUGUUUUGCCUUCAUGGAAAUGGAUGAGAUCAAAUCUGGACCGAUUGUUAUAGAACUCUAUAAGAAGCCAACAGAUUUCAAAAGGAAGAAGCUACAUUUACUGACAAAGAAACCACUUUAUCUUCACCUUCAGCAGACAUUGCACAAAGACUAACCUUGGAUCUUGGCUGUAACACGUGUGAACAAACCAACUGACACCUCCCCGCCACAGUAGCUGUAUGUAGCAGAGACCACCGGGAGACUUGAUUUUUUUUUCCACAUUCUACACAUCAUGAAAAUGAAAUUUCCUACAACGACCACCUGACAUCAUCAGUUCUGUUGUCCUCAUGCAGUUUCUUGCUAAAUCGAGAAGUUCAUCUGUUUAUGGGAUGCUAAAUAAUGUUUUUAAAUUAAACGCCUGCAUUGGAGUGCAGAUGUGUGGUUUAGAAAAAGUCCUGUGGGAAGACCAACGAUGUCAAGUCUGGUAGACUCCACAGCUCAGAAGUAGACAGAUGAGCAUCCAUGCGACACACCAGCAGCAAACACCUGUGAGUACCAUGUGAGCGGAGACGCAUGAGCGUGCUGUACGGCCUGUGGACGAGGGAGCUUACUGAACAUCUGGCUAUACCACUGUCGCCUAAACCUUUGAGAAAUGCCUGCCCUAAACUUAACAUCUGGCUCUGGGCCGAUUCUAAAUCACAAAUAGGCCAGGUUUGUGUUUUUUUUUUUUUUUAUAUAUAUAUAUAUAACACUUUUAUAUUAAAUGCAAUUUUUGUUUGUGAUUUUUUUUUUUAAUUGGUUGUGGCUGACAUUGUGUGGAUUCUUCCUGGUACUGUUUAUUUGGAUACAGCUGGCUGUAAAAGUCUACAUGUUCAUUCCAAAAAUAUAUCAUUUUUUUAUAUCUAA